CAUGUGGCAGCUCCGGCGCCAUGGCAGGGGGUGGCUCUGGGGUGGCUGGAGCCCAUCCCAGCCCCGUCACCGCACGCAAGCCGGAAAAGUUAAUUCACAGCCGUCGCAGACAGGGACUGCCCGAGUGUCCCGGGGCCGGGCACCCAGCAGGAGAAGAUGCCAGGCGGGAGCGUGCGGGUGCUGGCGCUGGUGCUGGCGCUGGCGCUGCCCAGCACUGGACAGCAGCACCUGGAGGAGGCCGAGCGCAUCAUGAGGACCACGCCGGUCAUCGAUGGGCACAACGACCUGCCCUGGCAGCUCCUCCGCAAGUUCAACAACCAGCUGAGGCUGCCAGCAGCCAACCUGACAGUGCUGAACGACACCCACACCAACAUCCCCAAACUGCGCCAGGGCCACGUGGGCGGGCAGUUCUGGUCGGUGUACGUGCCCUGCGAGACGCAGAACAAGGACGCGGUGCGGCGCACGCUGGAGCAGAUGGACGUGGUGCAGCGCAUGUGUGACAUGUACCCCGAGACCUUCGCCUGCGUCACCGACAGCAACGGAAUCCGGGAGGCGUUCCGGAACGGGAAGGUGGCCAGCCUCAUCGGGGUGGAGGGCGGCCACUCCAUCGACAGCAGCCUGGGCGUCCUGCGCACCCUCUACCGCCUGGGUGCCCGCUACAUGACCCUCACCCACAGCUGCAACACCCCCUGGGCUGACAACUGGCUGGUGGACACCAACGAUGAAAAUCCUGUGCACCACGGCCUCUCACCCUUUGGGAAGAUGGUGGUGGAGGAGAUGAACCGCCUGGGCAUGAUCGUGGACCUGGCCCACGUCUCAGUGGACACCAUGAAGGUCGUGCUGAACAUCUCCAAAGCCCCCGUCAUCUUCAGCCACUCCUCUGCCUUCAGCCUCUGCCAGCACCGCCGCAACGUGCCCGACGACGUGCUGCAGCUGGUGAACUCCACGGGCAGCUUGGUGAUGGUCAACUUCUACAACGCCUACGUGACCUGCAGUGACAAGGCCAAGCUGUCCGACGUCGCAGACCACCUGGACUACGUGAAGAAGGUGGCCGGUGCCCAGGCUGUCGGCUUCGGGGGGGACUACGACGGGGUGCCAGGGGUCCCCACUGGCCUGGAGGACGUCUCCAAGUAUCCGGCGCUGGUGGCCGAGCUGCUGGCGAGGAACUGGACGGAGGAGGAGGUGAAGGGAGCCCUGGCUGAGAACCUGCUGCGGGUCUUCAGCAGAGUGGAGGAGGUGAAGAGGAGCUUGCAGGGCACGGCUCCCCUCGAGACCCCCAUCGCCUUCGAGGAGCUGGAGGGGCCGUGCAGAACCAGCUACGGGUACUCCAAUGGUGCCAGUCCUGCCCUGCGCCCGCCGGCAGCCCUGGCACUGGCGCUGGCACUGGCCCCGCUCCUCGCCGUGCUCUCCUAGCACCUGGCUGCCACCGUGGCCCUGGCACCGUGCCCGGGGCCGCCGGGCGGGGCACGAUCCUGGGCUCCUUUCUGCCGGACCUGCUGGCAAAAUAAAACCGUGGCUCGAGCAGCGCCGGCAGCGAGCGUCCGUGUGCGGCUCCGCGGGACCCGCGCCACCCCCGCCGGGCCCUGCCGGGAGAUGCUGGGACCCCCGGCAUGGCACCGGUCAGUCCGGCACGGCACCGG